AUGUGUGUUCGCGGGCAAGUUGGUGGAAUAGUUACCAGUAGGGACACACCCGCCCUCUAUCCCCUUGGCUUGAGCUUCCACGCCCGCAACAAGUCCCUCCGGACGCCAAGGCGGUUCUACAUCGGACCCGCUCUGAGCUCGCUGUCCGCCGGCGAUUCGCACGUCUGCGGUUUGACGGGCGGCUCCGGCUCCCUCGACUGCUGGAGGUGGCCGCAGCUUGAUGUUCCGAUUCAUUGCUGGGGGGAGAAUUUGAAGUUGCCUGAAGAUUUGGCCACAGCUCCGUUUGUGUCAAUUCAAGCGAGAGGGGACGCAUUUUGUGGAGUUUUGAUGGAGAAUUACGCUCUGGUUUGCUGGGGGAGUGAACAUUUUCAGGGGAAUCAUGUUGUUUUUAAGGAGGUUUUGCCGGGCACUUGCGCCGCGACAUGCCGGUGCUUGCCGUUGGGCGGGUACGGCAGUGCUAGCAAGAGGAGAAGGCUGAUCUUCAUUAUCCUCGCUCCGGUCGGAUUCGUCGGAUUAAUCGCGGUGGCUUCAUUUCUAUUCUCAAAUUCCGAGGAUCAAGGAGUUCCCGAUCAAGCUCUUGUUGGCAAUCACGGACGGUUCUCCAACGAGCACAAGAUCGGGUCUGCAGUUUCGUUGCGUGUACCGUGCAAAACUCGACGAUGGACGCACUGUCGCGAUAAACGAUCCGAGCCAUCGUCCUCAGCCUCCACAUCCCGGGGGCGCACACUGAACACAGGCGAUAAUCGAGACAGGAUAAGGAGUUUGCGUUUUGGGAGAGCUCGGCUGCUCUCAAGAGUGAACCACAAGAAUUUGGUCAGAUUGUUCGAUAUUACAAGCAAGGAUCCGAAACGGAUACUUGUCUAUGAGUUCAUGGCUAAUGGGACUCUGCAUGAUCUCUUACACAAACGACCAGCAAGUAGGCCUACCGUUGGCUCGUGGCCGUCGAUCGGGUCGGCGCUCGAUGCGCGCCGAGGGAUCGAGUAUUUGCAUACGUACGCUGUUCCGCCGAUUAUUCACCGGGACAUCAAGUCGUCCAACAUUCUGUUGGAUGAGGUGUGGACUGCGAAGGUCGCGGAUUUUGGCGCCUCGUUGAUGCACCCGAUUGCAUCCCAUAACGACAACAGGCCUAAUGGGCCUAAUGGGCCUAACGUGUCUCCUAGUGCGGCAGGCACGGUGGGCUACAUGGAUCCAGAGUAUUACAGGCUUCAGCGUCUGACUGCGAAGAGCGAUGUUUACAGCUUCGGAGUAGUGUUAUUGGAGAUAUUGUCCGGUUGUAAAGUGAUCCAACGGUACGAAGAGAGCGGUACCCCACCGAAGAAUGUUGUUGAAUUCGCCGUACCACACAUUGUAGCGGAUGACCUGCACAGAGUGCUCGACCCUCGGAUCCCUCCUCCUACGCCGAGUGAAAUUGAGGCAGUCGCCUAUGUGGGCUACUGCGCGGAUUGUGUUAGCCCAGAGGGCCGAGAUAGGCCAAUGACCGAGAUUGUAAAUGGCCUUGAACGGUUGGUUGCGAUUUCAGGCCCAUCAUCGAUCUCUCGAUCAUCGACACUCCGAUCGUUGGAUUGA